UAACAGUUGACGCCAUGGCAGACACGGGAAGAUACGACUUCCAGAAAGUAGCCUGAUAACGUGCUAGACAGCCGGUCACCCGCCUUCUAAUUCACACACAUGUUGUUAGUUUUGGAAAGCUUUAACCUUCGAAACCAGUCUUUUUUAGCCUCCUGUAAGGCACACCUAGGGGGGCUGAUAUUCAUCCUUUGAGUUCCCAGGGUUCCUUCAGCCUGCUCCAAUGAAGUCCGAGCAAGAAGGAGACUACCUCGAAGAGGACGCAUCUCAAGAGAAUGGCAUUAUCCAGCCCACUCAGUACAGUUCCAUCUCUCCUCCUGCUUCACCAGUGGAGCAGGAUGAGCCCUUCUCCACAUACUUUGAAGAGAAGGUGCACAUUCCUGAGAAUGGCAACCAGGUGUUUAGCUUUCGUAAACUCUGGGCCUUCACUGGACCUGGGUUCUUGAUGAGCAUUGCUUACUUGGAUCCAGGAAACAUCGAGUCUGACCUGCAAUCUGGAGCCAAAGCAGGAUUUAAGCUCCUAUGGGUGCUCCUUGUAGCCACCAUCAUUGGACUGCUCUUGCAGAGGUUAGCUGCACGGCUGGGGGUUGUCACAGGAAUGCACCUAGCUGAAGUCUGCAACCGCCAGUAUCCCACAGUUCCUCGGAUCAUCCUCUGGUUGAUGGUGGAACUAGCGAUUAUUGGCUCAGACAUGCAGGAGGUCAUCGGUUGUGCCAUAGCUCUGAACCUUCUCUCAGUGGGCAGGAUCCCACUGUGGGCAGGUGUACUCAUCACCAUCACAGACACAUUCGUGUUCCUCUUCUUAGACAAAUAUGGCCUGAGGAAACUUGAAGCUUUCUUUGGCUUUCUCAUCACUGUAAUGGCAGUUAGUUUUGGCUAUGAGUAUGUGCUUGUGAAGCCAGACCAAGGGGAGCUGCUGAAGGGGAUGUUUGUACCUUAUUGUGCUGAUUGUGGGCCUGUGCAGCUGGAGCAAGCAGUGGGAAUCGUGGGUGCAGUCAUUAUGCCUCACAACAUUUACCUGCAUUCUGCCCUGGUUAAGUCUAUUUAUUCUCUCCUUCUAGUCCCGGAAGUUGAUCGCAAAAAUAAAAAGGAAGUGAAGGAAGCCAACAAGUACUUCUUCAUCGAGUCUUCUAUUGCUCUCUUUGUCUCCUUUCUCAUUAGUUUUGUUGUUGCGGUCUUUGCUCAAGCCUUCUACAAUAAACGCAACAUUGAUGUGAAUACAGAGUGCAAUGCAACAGGCAGUCCUCAUACAGAUCUCUUCCCUCUCAAUAACGGCACACUGGAAGUGGACAUCUACAAAGGAGGAGUGGUGUUGGGCUGCUUCUUUGGCCCAGCAGCCCUUUAUAUUUGGGCCAUUGGAAUCCUGGCCGCUGGACAGAGCUCCACCAUGACAGGGACAUACUCUGGACAGUUUGUCAUGGAGGGUUUCCUGAACCUCCGGUGGUCCCGUUUUGCUCGGGUUCUGCUGACCCGCUCCAUUGCCAUUACACCUACACUGCUGGUCGCCAUUUUUCAGGAUGUGCAGCAUCUGACAGGGAUGAACGACUUCCUCAAUGUACUACAGAGCAUGCAGCUUCCAUUUGCGUUGAUCCCGAUCCUGACUUUCACCAGCCUCACAUCCAUAAUGAACGACUUUGCAAAUGGAUUGGUCUGGAAGAUUUCUGGAGGCAUUGUGAUCCUGGUUGUUUGUGCAAUCAACAUGUACUUUGUGGUGGUUUAUGUGACAGCGCUGAACAGCAUACCACUCUACGUUUUGGCUGCUUUUCUCUCUGUGGCCUAUCUGUGCUUUGUGGGCUACCUGGCGUGGCACUGUUUGGUUGCACUGGGGGUUUCCUGCCUGGACUUUGGCAGCAGGAUGCCAGUCAUGUUUUCUCGUCACACGGACAUUUACUUGCUGAAUGACAUGGACUCUUACACUUUGGCUGAGAGAUAGGGCAUGUGAUCAGAUGGAGGCAUGGGACCACUGAAGCUCGGCCAGUAUGUGCUAUAUUUGUGCCUCUCUGUGCCUAACGCACUUUAAUGUGUCCUUACAGUAUAUCAACAUCUCGCAGAUGUCAUAAUUUCGUUAACAACCGAAAUGGACUUUUUCCAUCACAGUGUCUUAGUGACCUCAGAUUGCAUCACUUUGCUGGAUUAAAACUUGUAUGCAUAUAUUGCUAUUUAAUGGUAUUUAUGUUAAAUAUUAAGGCUCCAAAGAGACAAAUCUUUGAAAUAUUUAUGUGCCACAGUUGGCCUCAAACAAACAACUUAAUUUAUAAAGAAGACUGUGAUGUCUGCAAAUGGCAUAAAACCUGAACACACUUGGCUGUUUUGAGUCAAUAUUGCACUACAUCACCUGCUUACUUCCAAAAUGGACACACAGGCUGCACAGGAAAGAAGAACUGUUAAUGAUAUUUUAUGUUUUUGGCACAAAUCCCUAAGAUUUGUUGUAAGAAGUAGACCAAAAAGAUAUAUAUAUA